CAAUCGAAAAAACCUCGACUCGUUCCACGACAGGGACUUCCUAUAAACCAAAGAAAAGAAAUCCUUACCCCAAAGCAACGCAACCUACCUCUCUCUCUCUCUCUUAUUUUACUGUCAUAUCAUGCAAAGCAGCACCUUAUAAGAAGGCCCUUUUAAGUUUUAACCCUCACAAGUCACAACACAACACAACAUUUGUUUUCCUCAGCCAGCUCAUUCAUUCAACUCCAUCACCAACCCCUUCUCUCUCUCUCUCUCUCUCUCUCUCUCUCUCUCUCUCUCUGAUAUUUCAACGUUCCUAUGCCAGAUCUCUCGGGGUAACCGCGCUAUUUAGGGUCGUCUGCUUCUCUUCUCUUCUACUUUUUCAUUUGGGUAUUUCCAUCGCGUACAAAAAUUCAAUCUUUUUUAUUUUUAAGGGAUACCCUUUUUGUACUUUCCCUUUUUCUGGUGGAUUUUUCGCCGCGUAACUCUCGACCCUUGAUUUGAUUUACCUUCUAUAUAUACCCCACUUGCCAAAAACAGAGUCUUUUUGUGGAGAGAGAUGGAGAGCGAGUGUGAGAUGAGAGAAGAGAAUAAUAAUAAUAAUAAUGGGUUUUGUGUGUUCAGUGAUGAUGAGCUUAAGGAUGUGAGUGGUGUGAAGCGUGUUGGUGGUGACUGUGUUGAAGUCACGUGCGGAUGCACUAGUCACAGAUAUGGUGAUGCUGUUGGAAGGCUUAGGGUUUUCUCUAAUGGCUGCCUCCAAAUCUCUUGUGAAUGCACUCCUGGUUGCAACGAAGACAAUAUGACUCCUUCUGCAUUUGAGAAGCACUCCGGAAGAGAGACAGCGAGGAAAUGGAAGAAUAAUAUUUGGGUAAUAGUUAAUGGUGAGAAGGUUCCAUUAUUCAAAACAGUUCUACUCAAGUACUAUAAUAAAGUUUCCAAAGCUGCAAGCAAUAAUGUGCGCGGUUGCCACCGUGACGAGUUCAUCCGUUGCACGGAGUGCAACAAACAUCGCAGGUUCCGGCAGAGGACUAAAGAGGAAUGCCGCCUUCACCAUGAUGCUUUGGCUGAUAGUAACUGGAAAUGUUCUGAUCAUCCAUAUGAUAAAAUUACAUGUGAGAAUGAAGAAGAGAGAGCAAGUAGAAGAGUUUACAGAGGCUGCACACGAUCACCAACAUGCAAAGGAUGCACAACAUGUGUGUGCUUUGGCUGUAAUGUAUGUCGCUUUUCGGAUUGCACUUGUCAAACUUGCACUGAUUUUACAUGGAAUGCCAAAGCUGAGUAGAGGGAUCCAUCAUCAUCAUCUUCUUCUGAUGAGUUACUUAGCACCUUUCUUUUGAUUAUGGACUGAAUUUACCAGUCCUACCUUUGAGCAUUCAUUGUUCUUAUAUCUUAUUUAUUGUUAUGGAUUAUAAAGUUCCAUGAAGUAUUCCACAUCUUCUAUAUUGCCAUUUUGUUAUACGAUUAAAGGAUUUUAAGAUAAAGGUAAAAAUAUGUAACUGAAGUAGGAAACAGAAAAGGGUCUUUAGUUCAGACAAGCUAUGAUUGGAUUCUAUAUUUCUAUGUGAAUCUUCAGUCGAUUGUUGGAAAGUAAUAAAAAUUAAG